AUGAGUAGUAGCAGUCGUGCCCUCCAUCCGGAGGAGCUUUUCCUCAACGACCGCCCAGCAAGACAAGAAUCACCCACCAUCGGCCCUCUCCGUAUCAACAAACGGGACUCGUCAUCUCCAGCGUCGGCCGCGGGCUCCAGUCCCCCACCAAACGCCCCGCUACCGUACCCAGAUGACCGUCAACGUCCCCAGAUACGCACCUCAAGUUCAAACGAGCGAUACCAAGACAACAUUAGAUACGGGUCUCCGCCAGCUGGUCCUGGCUCUGGCUCCGUGAGUCCAAAUGAAUACCCAACAGCGCUCCGGCCGCGGGACGGCCGCGAGCCCCGAGUCGCAACAUUAGCCGAACGAAGAGGUGCAGCCCCAAAGCCACUACCCGAAUCUCCUAGCUAUGAUGCGCCAGAUCGCGAGGCCUUGGCCGCUAGACCGUACCCCCGACCCCCGGUCAGUCUACCACCCGGUCCACCAGAGCCACCAGCAAACACAAGUCAAUACGAUUACCGUCAACAAUACUACCCGCCCCCGCAACGCCAAAGCUCUACCUCUGCUGCCCGUCCCCCAUCAAGUCUACAACCCCAACAAGGCCCACUCAAUCGCAUCAGUUCCACAUCGACAACCCGCGCCCAGCGUGGCUCGCCCCCGCCACCUGAGACUCCUAUCAUUGGGCCGGGGCAGCAGCCCGCCUCGGAUAUCGAGGCCCGAUAUGCUGCUGCUGGUAUCGCGGGUACUGGGACCCUGCAGGGUAUCCAGUCGCAUAACGUCGCUGCGCAGAGACGAGCUGAGCAGUACUCUGGUCAGCAGCCGACUUUCCCACAACCGCAGCAGCAACAGCAACAGCAACAGCAGCCGCGCCCGUGGACUCCGACCGAGCAGCCCGGUUCGCAGCCUCAUGGGCCUCCUACGGUUUACCAGGGUGAUGAGGUUGUCAGUGAUAAUACUCAGCAGCCUGCUCCGCAUCCUGGUCAAUACGGUAGUCCGCCGCCCCAGACUCAUCCUGGACAGUACGGUAGCCCAGCACCCCAAGCUCAUCCCGGUCAAUAUAGCAGCCCGCCGCCUCAGGCUCAUCCGGGCCAAUACAGCAGUCCGGCACCCCAGGCUCAUCCUGGUCAAUAUAACAGCCCGCCACCUCAGGCUCAUCCUAGCCAGUACAGUGGAUCCCCCUCCCAGAUGCACCCUGCAUCUGGACUACCGCAGCAAGAACAGCCAGGAAGAGUUCCCCCUAACCCCCUAGAACAAGAUAUGGACCGGUUGCGCCUUAGCUCCUCUCCUCCCCCCGCCUACUCAAGUGUAUCUGGUCCUUCUGCUUCAAACGGGUAUCCCAAUGAAAAGCAAAGCGGUGCUGCGGCUGGUGUGGCAACAGCAGCAGCCGCUGGAGCUGGAGCUGCAAUGAUGCACCCGGCUUUAGUAAACCAACCCAAUCCUGCUACAAAAGCGUCUUCCCCUGCACAGGCAGUAUCGCCGCAGGACCAUCCCGCUUUUGCGAAUGACCAGAGACAGCAACAGCAACAGCAAACAGGGCAAUCUCCACAGGCGUCUGUUGCUAAUGACUUGUCCGGUUUCCAUCAUCAGACAAUCCAGGUCACUUCUCCGGGACCCUCUGCUGGUGCAGGUCCGGCAUCUCCACCACCUCUUCCAGAGGGGUGGAUUGCUCACAUGGAUCCAAGCUCAGGACAGUAUUACUACAUCCACUUGCCCACACAGUCAACUCAGUGGGAGUUCCCAAAGGGACCUACGCCGCUAAAUCUCAACGACACACCCUUGUCCCCGGUGGGAAGUGUGUAUAGUGCCCACCCGCUAGUUUCUCCGGGUCUGUCGGCUUUCGGGAAGCCUCUCGCGUCGCCUGGUGUGCCUUUGACCCCUGGCUUUGAAAGCCUACAGUCUCCCAUAGUGUCUGGAUUCUCUGGUCCUCCCCCGAGUAGUGGCAUGGAUCUAUACAAAAACACUCCAACCAACGGUGUCUACUUUGGCCCUUAUCUGCGUUACACCAACAUGGAUCUGGAGCGUGGAGUCUGGAUGGGAUCUAUUCUGCUUGUGACAGACGCCGCACAGCCACCCACGAUUCACAUGCACCAGAGUCUAGACCUGUCUCCAAACCCAAGACAAUUGAAAGCAGUCAACAUUGCCGCGCAUCAACGCUGGACAUUCUACAAGUAUGAGAUUGAUCUGCAGAUGGACGAUGCGGGUCCUGCAAAAUGGACCUAUGCUAUCACCUCACACCUUGGCUGCACUCGUUACGAGUUCCUUGUCGCUGGUCGACACGAGACUAAUUGGCGGUUUAUUGCUACCUCUGGAAAUGACUUCUCGCUCAACGUCAAUGCUGGUGAGCGCGCUCGUCUAGGUGGCGUCGGUUACAUGUGGAAAGAUAUCAUGCAAAAGCACAAUGAAAUCGGAGGUUUCCACGCCCAGUUAUGUCUUGGUGGUCAGAUCUAUGCGGAUCGCAUGUGGAAAGAGAUUCCAUCUCUUAAGCAGUGGUUGACUAUCAGCGGAAAAGAAGCUAGAAAGAACGCUCCUUGGACAGCGGCUAACCAGCAGGAUGUUUCUUACGCAUACUUCCAUUACUACACCAGCCACUUCGAUCAACCCCACAUCAGGGAGUCAUUUGCGCAGAUUCCUUAUGUCUGCCAGAUUGAUGAUCAUGACAUCUUUGAUGGAUUCGGCUCCUAUCCCGAGCACAUGCAGUUCUCCAACAUGUUCAAGAACAUCGGUCGCAUCGGCAUCGAGAUGUACCUCCUAUUCCAGCAUCACACAACCCUCGAUAUCCUCCGCAACGUCAGCAACGACACGGACCUCUUCACUAUAACCGGCACAGGCUGGCACUUUGUCAAAUACCUAGGUCCCGGCGUCGUCGUCGUCGGUCCAGAUUGCCGCUCAGAAAGAAACCCACAUCAGGUCAUGGCCGGUCCCACGUACCAGGGUCUCUUCCCGAAGAUUGCAAUGCUACCACCUAGCGUGCAACACUGUCUCUGGAUGGUCGCCGUGCCACUCAUCUACCCCCGCCUAGAGACGGCAGAACAUAUCGUCCAAACCGUCGCAACAGGAAAGCGAGCCGUGACUGGCGCAUACAACGUGCUCGGCAAGGUAACCAGCUCUGUAGCCGGAGUAGUCGGCGCCAAAGACUUCGUCGGCUCAGGCUUCGACUCUGUGAAGCGAGCCGUAGGUAAAUCCGGGUUGAUGGGCGGUAUACUGAGUCCAUUUGGCGAAUUCAGCUCCAUGGACGAGCUACGCGACCAAUGGACACACGAGUCUAAGGAUCUCGAACGCACAUACCUCAUCCGCACACUCCAAGGCAUAGCACACCAAAAAUCAAUCCGAAUGACCUUCCUCUCCGGUGCCGUUAACGUCUGCGGCGCAGGACUCGUCCACGACCCCUCAAACCCCUCAGACCACAAGACAAUGUACCAACUCAUCGCCUCGUCCGUCGUCAACACCCCGCCGCCCUCGUACAUCAUCAAACUCCUCCACAGCCACAGCAAGCCCCUCUACAUCCCCUCCAACGGCCACAGAUCCUCCGGCCAGGUGAGCGAUACCAAGGAAGAUAUGAUGGAGAUCUUCCAGACGGAUGUCAACGGUCAGGCUCGUGAGUACCGGAAGCUCAUGGCGCGCAGAAACUACGUUGCUAUUGUGGCUUAUGACCCUGAGGCGGUUAAUCCUUCCUACGGACAUAUACCGUCCGGGGCUAAUAAAUUGAGUCUUGCAGCGGACUUUAUGGUGCAGGGUGAUGGGGCACUUGGGAAUGUGGUUAAAUUUGGGCCGGUUAUUGUGCCAAGUUUGGAUCAUGGGAGAUGA